AUGCAAGAGCGCUUCUGCUACCUCCAGCGCUAUCAGGUGCUAGUCUGCAGGGAGCACGCUACCGGCAUACAGAACGUCGAUGUGCACCUGCGCGACCAGCACGGCGUGGCAAGCAAGGAGAGGGAAUGCAUCGUAGAGCACUGCCGGCAAUGGCGGAUCGCCGCGCCGCGAGAUGUUGAGCUGCCCGCGCCGCUGGGGCCGCCGAUCGAGCAGCUGGGCGAGCCGUUGGACGUCUAUCGAUGCAGGAUCACCAGCGACUGCGGCUUCUGCACCGCAAACAAGAGCAGGAUGCAGAAGCACUGCAGCAACGCGCACUAGGCGGCUUGGAGCGGCAAAGACGUGUACUUUACUAAUAAUAACCUAGUAUAUCUCAUAUACUAAGCCUAGCCAUCCAGCUAUAAGAAGAAAAAGCUAUAGUAAGUAAUAAAGCUAAUAGAGGUACUAGUAGGGUCAGGGCUAGAAGACUAGUAAGGCGACAUUUGAAGAAAGACGCUCCUUAUUGAGCACAGUAACUAACGCGGUAGGAGUAGGAAUUCGCAUGGAGCACAAGGGGGUAAGCAAUUAAUUGCUUUAAGAGUUGCAAUGGGUUUAAGUAGUGCAGGGGAAUUAAGAUAGCCUGCAGAACAGCGAUCUGAGGCUGCAGAGCCGCGAGGAACUUCUGCAUAGAUGUUGAGAACCAAGAGGCUUACGCAAAAAUGCAGUAGGGUUUCUAAGGUUAGUAUUUCGCAGCUAUAAUAGUAUUUAGAUAGAGCGUUGUAGUAUAAUUGUAAGAGAUAUAAGGU